UUUCAAAGAUGGCGUCGCCCAUGGAGUAGAACUUGCGACGUGAGGAUUUUCUGUGAUUAUUUACGAAUUGAUGCAAAUUUAGAGAUCUGAAUUGUUUAGCAACGGCUAGAUAAUGGCAUCAAGUAUGGAUCCACGAGAGGUUUCGCGCAGAAAAGCCCUCAAAGUAGCGGUUUCCGCUCUCGUGUAUGAAGUUGGAUUUGAAAAAGCUGAAGAAUCUGUGUUGGAAACCCUAACCGAAAUGUUGCAAAGUUUUUUAACAGAAUUGGGGCGUAGUUGCAGAGGUUAUGCAGAGCUGGCUGGGAGGUCUGAAGGAAUGAUGACCGAUGUUUUCAUGGCACUAGUAGACAUGGGCCAAAAUGUGCAAUCCAUCCAGUCACACGCUCGUCGACACACCAAGAGUGUCUUCUUACCACCAGCUCACACUGCAGCCCCAACCACCCUAAAGACACUACAAGUGGGGGACAGGCCGUCGCAUCCUUCACACAUUCCCGAUCAUUUACCCGCCUUCCCAGACCCCCACACCUAUAUAAGGACACUGACAAACAAAGCUCCAGUCACAGAGUACCAACUGGUGCGUGAAAAGGCUGCCUCACAGAAGCGUGACAUCGAGCGGGCUCUGACACGCUUUAUUGCCAAAACCGGGGAGACACAGAUGUUGUUUCCUGACAAUACAGAAGCAUAUCCUUUGAUUGCAGUCAAGCCUAAUCCCCUACCUUACCUGGAUGCUCUGUUGUGCAAGGAGCAGGAUCAGGUCAAUGAGGGAUCGUCCAUGGAUGAAAGUGACAAAAAGGUCAAAGGCCAAGAGACAGGUCAACAGAUUGGGGGACAAGGAGACUCUCAGGAUGUGGAAUCCAUUGACAAUCCAUAUCUACGCCCAGUCAAGCUUUCUAGGUUCAAGAAGAAAAACAAAGUAACUAGUUGACCUGAAUUUAUCUGAUGAACUACAUUUGUGAUACAAAUUAUCAAUGUUAUGGACCACAUGUAAGCUCACUGAUGUUGGAAGUAUAUGCAAUGUACAUAUGCAUUACACAUUAGGAUGUAUCUGGUACCAUCAUUUAUACCAUACUAAUGUGUUCAUGGUGACAGACAGAGCUGUCACAGGUGAGACAUUUAGCGGUUUGGUGGAGGACAGUAGCCAUGCUGAGGUGUACAAUAUUUCUGUCUCCCAUACCUGUUGUUAAAGGAGAGCUUUUCCUUACAGGUUUUUUCCAGAUAAGAUGUUGAAAUCACUGCCGAGAUUUGUGCUCAUAUUGUCUGGAAUCCACAUUACAGAACUGUGAAGUCUGCUGUAUAUUCGUACAAUAAAGAUAACUGGAUAACAAGCAGUCAGCCUCUCUGUGAUGUAGACUGAGAAUGUCCAACUCCCUGUAAUAAUGUUUUUGAGGUUAUGAACUAGGCAGAGGCUGGUUAUGGAAUUUAAAACAACAUUUUCCUUGGGACAAAUUUCUCAGUUGACAUCGCACAGAAGUGAUAAAUUAUUGUAACAAUCAGUUGUAGGGUUUUGUUGCUGAAACCAAUCUCUUGAAUUAGACUAUAUUAUCUCAUAACUGUUAGCGUAGGGUAGCAGUCCCAAGUAGAACACAACAUUUUACUUUUUCACUGAAAGCUUUUGUAUAUAUGAAAUCCUAUAACUUGAUUCCAAUAUUUGGUUUUGUAACUAGUAAUUAACUCCCUGGGCCAUUUAAAGGGGCCGGUCGGGGAAAAAAUUACAAAAUAAAUGGGUCUAAAUGCGUUCUCUGGCCUUCCAAAAGUUAUACAAUUGCAA